AUGAGUUCUUCUCUCUUCCUCUUGUUUCUAACUCUUUCCUUCUCUAAUUCAUGGGCAAACUUGUCUUCCCUUGUGGAUGCUACACCUAGUACCGAAAACUUCAUAAUAUGCAUACAAUCCAAUUCCAACAACGUCACCUCCAUCUCUCAACUCCUUUUCACCCCUGCCAAUGCUUCUUUCACUCCUAUUUGGCAAGUUGCAGUGCAAAACACUAGGUUCCUUAAACCCUCCACUCCUAAACCAUCUGUCAUCGUGACACCUGUGGAUGAAACACUGAUCCAAACGGCUCUAUUCUGUGCAAAGAAACAUGGGUACGAGAUGAGGAUCAGGAGUGGGGGCCAUGACUACGAAGGCCUCUCGUACACUGCUGAUGUUCCAUUUGUUAUGCUUGAUUUCACCAACAUGAGGUCGAUAGACAUUGAUGUGGUCAACAGGACCACGUGGGUCCAGCCAGGUGCUACACUUGGUGAACUCUAUUACAGUAUUUCUCAGAAAACCGACACCUUGUAUUUCCCAGGAGGUGUUUGCCCUACGGUGGGUGUUGGUGGGUACGUGGGAGGUGGAGGCUACGGAAACCUAGUGAGGAAAUAUGGUACUGCUGCUGAUAAUGUUUUGGAUGUUCGCUUUAUGGAUGUGAAUGGAAAUAUCAUGGACAGGAAGUCGAUGGGUAAAGAUUUGUUUUGGGCAAUUCGAGGAGGCGGUGCUUCCAGUUUUGGAAUCGUCCUUGCAUGGAAGUUGAGGUUGGUUCCGGUUCCCGAAAAAGUAACUGUCUUUAUAUUGAAUAAGACUUCGGAAGAAGGGGUAACCGAAAUUUUCCACAAGUAUCAAUACGUUGCGCCAACUAUUGAUAGAAAUCUACAUAUAAGAACUCAGGUGUUUGCUGAAUAUAUUGGCAACACCACCAAGAAAACCAUACGAAUUAUGUUUGAAGGAAUUUACCAGGGUCCAAGGGACACAUUGCUGCAGUUGCUGGACGAAAAAUUUCCGGAGCUCGGUGUUACACGAGAGAUAUGUGAAGAAAUUAGAAGCAUCCAGUCGACCUCUGUGUUUUGGGGCUUCCCAAGUUCCAUCCCAACCGAGAUCCACACGAACCGGUCUGCUAUAUUCAAAUUGAACAAUAAAAGUAAAUCAGACUUCCUUCGGACACCAAUUCCCAUAAGCGGUCUAAGAAAGAUAUGGAGACAGCUCAUGCAAAACGACGGAGCAGCACUUCUGAUGAUCAAUCCUUUUGGCGGAAGGAUGUCUGAUUACUCAGAGACAGCAAUUCCUUAUCCUCAUAGAGCCGGGGUGUUGUUACAGAUUCUCAAGACUGUCAAUUUUAACGGACAAACUUCCGACACAACCCCUACAUCGCUUAGGAGGUUAGCGUGGCUGCAAAGCAUGGAGGAGGUAUUCACGCCUUAUGUGUCGAAGAACCCUAGAGAGGCAUAUUCCAACUACAAUGAUCUAGAUUUUGGUGUUGGAAGUUCUAAUUAUGAAGAAGCUAGUCUUUGGGGUGAGAGGUACUGGAAAAGGGACAAUUUCAAGAAGUUGAUUCGAAUCAAGGCCAAAGUUGAUCCGCAUAAUUUCUUUCGACGUCCACAAAGUAUCCCUGUUUUCUAA